GCGAGAAGUAGAGUACAAAGAUUGAGUUCAUUGAGUAGCUCGUGUAUACAAAUUUAGUAAACGUCAACGUGUGAUCCACCGACUACUCCACUUGCUGUCUAUUGCUCCUCUUGUCUGCUUCGUGUCUAUAGAUGCGGCCUGGUAGCUUGCCCGUGUCUCUACGGCAGCCAGCCUACACACUCUUUGGAGCUAAUACUGAAGUCGGCAAGACCAUCUUCUCAACGCUGCUGGUCCGGGCACUUGCACCCAAAGUCCGCUAUAUCAAGCCAGUCUCGACAGGACCCUUAGAUGAAGCAGACUAUGCUCACAUCAAGCGGUUCACGAAUGUCGACGGGCACUUCUUUUACCAAUUUGAUAGGCCCUGUAGUCCGCAUCUGGCUGCGAGGGAGCAUGGUGACGAUGUGCCGAGCGAUGCCACCAUCAUCCAGAAGCUCACUAGCUUGUUGGCUGAACCCAGCGAGGGCAUCACUUUGAUUGAGACGGCAGGAGGCGUUCAUUCGCCGUCGCCAGAGGGCAAUUCACAGCUCCAGCUGCUCCGGCCACUGCGGCUGCCGGUCCUGCUCAUUGCAGACACGAAGCUCGGUGGCAUCUCCACGACCAUGUCGGCCUACGAGUCUCUCAGGCUCAACGGGUUCGAUGUGACCGCUAUCCUUGGCUUCAAGCAAGACUGGGGCAAUCUGGAAUAUCUCGCAGGCAAGCUCGAUGUGCCCAUUGUCCAGGUACCACCGCCUCCAGCCCGGCUUGAUGAUAUUCGUGCCGAUUGCGAGCACAUGGCCGUUUACUAUGACUUGCUUGCUGUUUCUGCGCCAGUCAAGUACAUUAAGGAACAUCUACAGGCUGAGCACACACAGCGGCUAGCCCGACUCGAAGAGAUGCCGCGUAAAGCACUUGAUGUCCUUUGGUAUCCAUUCACGCAGCACAAACUUGUUGAAGAAGCCAAAGUAACAGUCAUUGAUUCUGCCCUUCAAGAUGAGUUUGCGGUGUACAAGGCACAAAGUCAGCAGAUUGGACCGGUCUUUGAUGCAUCGGCCAGUUGGUGGACUCAAGGCCUUGGUCAUGCCAACAGCGAGCUUGCCUUGACAGCGGCCUAUGCAGCAGGCCGAUAUGGACAUGUCAUUCUCCCGUCUGCUGUCAACGAACCUGCACUAGCUCUUGCAGAAAAGCUGCUUGAGACGGUCGGCAAAGGCUGGGCAUCACGCGUCUACUACUCCGACAAUGGUGCAACAGCCAUUGAAGUAGCACUCAAAAUGGCGUUAAAGGCUUCACGCAUUCGAUAUGCGCAAGACCCAGUCCUGGCCAAGUUGUCACCAGAAGAACUCAACUUGGGUGUGAUUGGUUUGGUGGGUGCCUACCAUGGAGAUACAAUUGGAGCAAUGGAUGCGGCAGAACCUAAUGUUUACAACGAACAAGUCGACUGGUACCGAACUCGAGGUCUAUUCUUUGAUCCACCCCAAUGGCAUCUCAAACAAGGCAAGUAUGUCUUGACAUGUGCCGAGACGGGUUCUAUUGAGGCAACGUCCCUUGACGAGGUGUUUGACCUUGGACGCAUCAACUCACCACUAGCAGAAAAGUAUACGGCGUGGAUUAAUCGCGAGAUUGAUGCUGCCGUCAGGCGCGGACAGCGUUUCGGAGCACUCCUCUUUGAGCCUAUCUUGAUGGGCGCGGGUGGCAUGAUUUUCGUCGAUCCGCUCUUUCAACACUUGCUCGUCAAGCUCGUUCGAUCAGCAAAGAAUCUCGCACCGCCUGCACAAGCUGGGGACUGGGAGGGACUACCCGUGAUUACAGAUGAAGUUUUCACAGGUCUUUAUCGACUAGGCCUGCCGCGCACCUUUGACAAGCUUGGCUUUUUGCCAGAUAUAUCAGUCAAUGCCAAGCUGCUGACAGGUGGCCUUGUCCCUCUCGCCGUGACGCUCGCUACAAAAGAAAUUUUCGAAGUCUUCAAUCAAGGCGGCAAGCAGGAUGCCUUGCUACAUGGUCAUUCCUACACGGCUCAUCCCGUCGGUACCAGUGUGGCACUCAAGUCCCUUGAUUUGCUCAAAGAACUGCAUAAGGGUGACCUUACAAGCAUUUGGUCUGAUGAGUUUGUGGUCAAAAUGUCGCACCACGCUCGUGUUGAAGGCAUGGUCUGCCUUGGCAGCGUGCUUGCGCUCACACUUAAGGCAGAAGGUGGUUACACAUCAUUGCAAGCAACAGGCUUCCUUGAUGCUUUGCGUGCUGAUGGCGUGCUCGCACGACCCCUCGGUAACGUUGUCUACUUUAUGGCUUCACAAAUCACAACAGAAGAAACGGCCAGGCGUGUUGAAGGAAGUAUUCUAUCGGCUAUCGACGAAAUUUCUGCUUCAGAGUGCUGAGUAACGAAGUCUUUGGUACAUCGCUCGCCAAGACAAUUCUGCGCGAGACGAGGUUGAAGACGCUGCCAAAACACAGAGCAAUGACGGUGCAGGUCAAAAUGAUGACAUUAUAUGGCAUUGAAAAGUCUGGUGUUGGAAGUGACAGCAAUGCUGGUGUUGUGCGCAGCUCAUAGGUGCCUGUGCGGAGAUAGGCACCUGGAAUAUCGAAUCCACGGUUGGCGUCAGGUGGGUACUCGGCAUAGCGCAGGACGGUCCGUUCGAUGUUGAAGCUGACGCUCGUGAGACCAGGCAGUGCAUGCAGCAUUAUUUCUAGACGUGCUGGUCUCUGUCGGUCGAUGGCGCUGGUGAAGGAUGUCUGGCUGAUGCUGUCGUUGCUACUUAUCAAGGUGUGGAGAUAGGGCCGUAAGAACC